GUGGGUGCGUUGUUAGGAUGGGAGAAGCAGCCAGGGGAGGUGGGAAGGCGAGGCGGCCGACUGGCGCGAAGGUGGCAGGUGACGCGUAUCUGACAUGUGUGAAUGCGUGCACACGUGUAUUUAGCUGCGUUGCAAGGGUAUGAACAGGUGCAGCAUGGACAACCGCCAGUUUGAAGAGCAAGGCGUUUCUUUUCCAUCCUUCAAAUCUGUACCUAUUUCUGCCUUGAAGCAGAAUGGGCUUCUACAGUCUCUAUCUGCAGCUGCCAAUGGAUGCAGAGAAGUAGAUAUUACUGAAGAGGUACGGCGAGCCCGAGAAGAAUGGGAGGCUGUGGAAAACGUCCAUCCAGGAGGAAUUUUGGAGAAGCCUCCUGGUCCCAUACCCUUAAUCUCUUUCAAUGAAGCACUGCAGCAUUUUCAGACAGCGGAUCUUUCUGACUGCAGGAAAAAGAUUCAGCCAACAGUGCAAAGAAGAGGGCUGGCGGCCGUGGCCCACUUCCUUUUCGGCCCUCCCCGCCUCUAUCAAUUGCUGCAAAGUGAGAGGGACUUAGCCCUGGCAAUCGCUCAGUGUGGCUUGGAUAAUAAUGAGAAAGUGCACAUGAGAAUUCUGCAGACGAUCUACAAGAAAUUAACAGGAUCCCGAUUUGAUUGUGCCCGCUAUGGAUCUCAUUGGGAAGACCUGGGGUUUCAAGGGAUGGAUCCUGGCACAGAUCUGCGUGGGACUGGAUUGCUAGGACUGAUGCAAACACUGUAUUUUGUGAUGGAUUCUCGGAUAUUACCUCUGGCGCGGGAGAUUUUCAAGCUGUCCCAUCAUGAAAUGCAGAAUUUCCCUUUCUGUGUGAUGUCAAUCAAUAUUACUCGUAUUGUGAUCCAGGUACUGAGGGAAGAACGCCUUUCUAGAGAGUGUAAUCGAAGGCAACAGGUCAUUGCGGUGCUAAAUGAUUUGUACGUGGCUAUAUUUUUGCGCCUCUUCAACAUCUGGAAGACACAACAGAAGACAAUUUCCGACUCUGGUUUUGUUCUAAAAGAACUGGAGGCAUUUGCCAAAAGGAACCCUAAGCAGCUGCUCAGACACUUGGAGAUGUACAUGAAUCAGAGCGCUGUGCUGGAAGACUGCUUUCAGGCCCAUGCCAUCUCAUCUGAGGUUUUCGGUCCCAACCUGAGCUCUGUUAAUGACGACAAAGAGGCCAGUUUUACUGGAGUGUGUGACCUGCCAGCUGAGACAGAGCAAGAGAGCUGAUCUGGUCCGGGAGGAGACGAAAGUCCUUGUACAUGAUUAAUCAACGGCGCUGGUUGGUGUGGUCUCCUAAGGGCUUCCUUGGCUGCUGCAAGAGGGCACGCAGGAGUCUGAAGGGCUGAAGUUCUUGACGUGCUGCUCAAGUAGACCGCAGGGCUUCAGUGGGGGUCGGAGCCGCUAAGCGAGGUGUAGCGGGAGCCCCGGGGUGGAGUCUGGGAUCAAGAGCAAACUCAUUCUAGAAUGCCAAUCUAGGCAGGAUUCAUUCACCCCAGUUCAGCGGCACUGAGUUGCCAAGCCAUCACAUUUCGCAGCGGGAGUGUAAAUUUGAAUUCAGAAUCCUCUUGUUCCCUGAAAAUAAAAUGUUCUUCCAGUUCCCAUCAUUGAGCAGGACAUCCGUUUGUUAGGAGCUUUAAAAACAAAACAAAAAAAUCUGUGCUUUGCAUUUUGGAACAUGAGCUUAAAGUGAACUUUGAACUACUGUGAUCAGAUGCUAAUCCUGGGGCGUGGGGGUUUUUCCCCCCGCCUCCCCAGCUAGAAUUUCAUCUGGGACUACACAAGUUAUUGAAUCAUUUUAUUCCAUCCCUUUGAAAGCAUAGAUUCUCCAUUGGUGUGUGCCUGGUGACAUAUUUUUGUUCGAGAAGUACUGCUAUGUAUGUGCGCCUGCCCGACUUACACGCUGUUAAGGGUGGUCAUAGGCAACCGGCAACGGCACAGUAGCUGCCUCAAAAUCUGCCAUUUGGUGGCUGGAACCACAGGGGAAGGUGUGCAGGUCCCAGCAACGUGAUGGACCCUGUGUUCUGACAUAACCUGCUUCCUUGAAUUACUGACCCUGGUGGAUAUGCUGGGGCCAUCCUGUGCGGCUAAAGUUGUUGGGCAAAUGUUGUUUUGUGCAACUGUAGCUGCCACAUGUUGGACUUUUGAGGAGCUGCCGUGUGGUUCCCAGGGACUUAUUUCCACUUCAAGGCAUUGAGACCUGCCAGAUGGUGCACUUGCUGUAUAUGUUAAGUGGUAGCCCUAGCUGAUAAAGGGCAUUUCUAUUAAACCAGUUACAGUCUUCAACCCUC